GCUUACGUCAGGGAGGCGAAACCCAGAAGAAGAAGGGGGAAAAAGACAGGCAGGAGGGCGGAAGGAGAGAAACUUUUUUCUCUCUCUCUUAUUUUCCUCUGAGGCUGAGGUGAGGACGGGCGACGGUGUCAGCGCGGGCUUCCCGGGAGGGCCGGGCGGAUCCCGCUGCGCGCAGAGGAGCCGGGCCCGCGCGGCCCGAGGGGGCGCUGGGCAUGUGGGACCCGCAGGACUUCGAGCGCCACUGGCAGGCCGAGUUCCCCGGGGAGGAGGCGCCCGCCAUGCAGCUGGACUCGGUGCCGGACAUGGAGAGGGAGCUGGAGCACUGCAAACUUAACCUGAAGCGGCUGCAACAGGUGUUGGCUGAGGAGAAAUUCAAAGUCGUCUACCUGCAGGCGGCCCUGGCUGGGGAGAAGCGGGACCUCGGCUGCGCGCGCCUGGGCAGAGGAGCCGGAGCCGGCGGGGCGGCCGCGGCGGAGGGGCCGGCGCCCGCCGGGCAGGAGUGGGCGCCGCCGCCGCGCGAGGAGGGCGCAGCGGGCGGCGAAGGAGACCCCCCGGGCCCCUCGAGCCCUGAGCCGGAGGUGGCCGCCGAGGCCGAGCCUCCUCCCUACGUGUGUCUGGACCUUCCCACCUGGCCGGGGGCGGCGGGGGCAGGGGGCGCGGUGCGCAGCCUGACCGCCGCCAUCCACCAGCAUCUGCUGCAGCCUCGCCUCCUCUUCAGGCCGCAGGAGGACUGCGCGCCCCUCGGCCACCAUGGCACAGUUACCAGCGCCCCGGGAGAGGAGCAGUCCUCUGGGACCCGCCCGGGACCGGGCUCAGAAGAGGGCGAGCCGGACGCCUCGGGUGCGGACAGUGGGGGCGACAGCAGUGACCACGACUUUGAAAUGGUAGAUUUGAACGAGAAAUUCGUUCUCAGCCACUUGCUCGUGGCCCCCUGCCGGCUGGCGACCCGCGAUGAGGCAGACAAGCCGGCACGGGCGUGCAGCCCCCAUCGCUGGAUGCACCUGAUCCCCGGGGGCUGGAGGCAGCAGCGCAGGAGCCGGGACCUGGAGCAGCUGGAGGCGGAAGCCAAAGAAGGGCGGCGCUCGUCCGCCGCGGCUGAGGAGCCCUCCCGGCGCGGGACUCGCGAGCACCUACCCCCGUGGGGGCGCAGGAGGUUCCUGCGGGUGCAGGAGCGGGACUCGCCCGGCCACUGCUCGCCCGAGAGAGGCAGUGACUGCAGCCACAACAGCUCAGACCACGAGGACGGCCUGUCUGCAGACUUCAGCUACGGGGCAGACGACUACGACGGAGAGGGGAAUGAAGAGCAGAAGGGGCCCCCAGAGGGCUCGGAGACCAUGCCAUACAUUGACGAGUCACCCACCAUGUCGCCCCAGCUCAGCUCGCGUAGCCAGGGCGGCGGGGACAGCACCUCCCCAACCCCACCUGAGGGGCUGGCACCUGGGGUGGAAGCAGGGAAAGGCUUGGAGAUGAGGAAGCUGGUUCUCUCGGGGUUCCUGGCCAGCGAAGAGAUCUACAUUAACCAGCUGGAAGCCCUGUUGCUGCCCAUGAAACCCCUAAAGGCCACAGCCACAACCUCCCAGCCUGUGCUCACCAUCCAACAAAUCGAGACCAUCUUCUAUAAGAUCCAGGACAUCUACGAGAUCCACAAGGAGUUUUACGACAACCUCUGCCCCAAGGUGCAGCAAUGGGACAGCCAGGUCACUAUGGGCCACCUCUUCCAGAAGCUGGCCAGCCAGCUUGGCGUGUACAAAGCGUUUGUGGAUAACUAUAAAGUCGCUCUGGAGACAGCUGAGAAGUGCAGUCAGUCCAACAAUCAAUUCCAGAAGAUCUCUGAGGAACUCAAAGUGAAAGGUCCAAAGGACUCCAAGGACAGCCACACGUCUGUCACUAUGGAAGCUCUGCUGUACAAGCCCAUUGACCGAGUCACCAGGAGCACCUUGGUCCUACACGACCUGCUGAAGCACACACCCGUGGACCACCCAGACUACCCACUGCUACAGGAUGCCCUUCGCAUCUCCCAGAACUUCCUGUCCAGCAUCAAUGAGGACAUUGACCCCCGCCGGACUGCAGUCACAACCCCCAAGGGGGAGACGCGGCAGCUGGUGAAGGAUGGCUUCUUGGUGGAAGUGUCGGAGGGCUCCCGGAAGCUGCGGCACGUCUUCCUCUUUACAGAUGUCCUACUGUGCGCCAAGCUAAAGAAGACAUCUGCAGGAAAGCACCAGCAAUACGACUGCAAAUGGUACAUUCCCCUGGCGGACCUCGUGUUUCCCUCCCCUGAGGAGUCUGAGGCCAGCCCCCAGGUGCACCCCUUCCCAGACCAUGAGCUGGAGGACAUGAAAAUGAAGAUCUCUGCCCUCAAGAGUGAAAUCCAGAAGGAGAAAGCCAACAAAGGACAGAGCCGAGCCAUCGAGCGCCUGAAAAAGAAGAUGUUUGAGAAUGAGUUUUUGCUGCUGCUCAAUUCCCCCACAAUCCCCUUUCGGAUCCACAAUCGGAAUGGAAAGAGCUACCUGUUCCUACUGUCCUCGGACUAUGAGAGGUCAGAGUGGAGAGAAGCAAUUCAGAAACUACAGAAGAAAGAUCUCCAGGCCUUUGUCCUGAGCUCAGUGGAGCUCCAGGUGCUCACAGGAUCCUGUUUCAAACUUAGGACUGUACACAACAUUCCUGUCACCAGCAAUAAAGAUGACGACGAGUCUCCAGGACUCUACGGCUUCCUCCACGUCAUCGUCCACUCUGCCAAGGGGUUUAAGCAGUCAGCCAACCUGUACUGUACCCUGGAGGUGGAUUCUUUUGGCUAUUUUGUCAGCAAAGCUAAAACCAGAGUGUUCCGGGACACGACUGAGCCCAAGUGGGAUGAGGAGUUUGAGAUUGAGCUGGAGGGCUCUCAGUCCCUGAGGAUCCUGUGCUAUGAGAAGUGCUAUGACAAGACCAAGGUCAACAAGGACAACAAUGAGAUCGUGGACAAGAUCAUGGGCAAAGGGCAGAUCCAGUUGGAUCCACAAACUGUAGAAACCAAGAACUGGCACACAGAUGUGAUUGAGAUGAAUGGGAUCCAAGUGGAAUUCUCCAUGAAGUUCACCAGCCGAGAUAUGAGCCUGAAGAGGACCCCGUCCAAAAAGCAGACUGGUGUCUUUGGUGUGAAGAUCAGCGUGGUGACAAAGCGGGAGCGCUCCAAGGUGCCCUACAUCGUCCGGCAGUGUGUGGAAGAGGUGGAGAAGAGGGGCAUAGAGGAGGUCGGCAUCUACCGGAUAUCAGGGGUGGCCACAGACAUCCAGGCGCUCAAGGCCGUCUUUGAUGCCAAUAACAAGGACAUCCUGCUGAUGCUGAGUGACAUGGACAUCAACGCCAUCGCUGGUACCCUCAAGCUCUACUUUCGGGAGCUGCCUGAGCCCCUCCUUACAGACCGACUUUACCCAGCCUUCAUGGAGGGCAUCGCCCUGUCAGACCCUGCUGCCAAGGAAAACUGCAUGAUGCACCUGCUCCGCUCCCUGCCCGACCCCAACCUCAUCACCUUCCUCUUCCUGCUGGAACACUUGAAAAGGGUUGCUGAAAAGGAACCCAUCAACAAAAUGUCCCUUCACAACCUGGCUACCGUGUUUGGCCCCACGUUACUGAGACCCUCAGAAGUGGAGAGCAAAGCACACCUCACGUCGGCUGCAGACAUCUGGUCCCAUGAUGUCAUGGCACAGGUCCAGGUCCUCCUCUACUACCUGCAGCACCCCCCCAUUUCCUUCGCAGAACUGAAGCGGAACACACUGUACUUCUCCACCGAUGUGUAGCCCAAGGUGGGAGCAGCUGUGGGGAUGGCCCAAGCCAGCCUCUCCAGCUGGGGGACCCAACACAGACUUGAAAGACCACCAUAGGAAACCCCCACACCCAGCGCUCCAGACACCACAGGACACAGAUUUCCCAGAACUGGAAUAUGCGCACCUUCUGUGCCACCUUGUACAAAGCCAGUGACCCAGCCCCCAGCCCCUCCGCCACUGCUGGGCUCCUGCCCUCUGUACCUCUAGUUGUGUCUGAUGCAUCUGUGCGGUCCAGGAAUUGUUCUAUGUCUGUUGUCAUGCAGAAAAGGUAGUGACCUACCCGAUACGGGUACGCAGACAGCCUGCUUUGUUCUUUCAUUUCCUCCAACACUUUCUUUCCUCCAGAGUCCCGUCUAAGGGCUGUUAUUUUGCGCUCUGAAACUGCUGCCAGUUUAUGCUCUCUUGGCCCUGCUCCCAGACUGCAGUCUCCCGGCAGCCUGCCCUCUGGUUUCGUCCACCCUCCGCCCGCCCAGCCUGCCCACAUGCAUGUGCAGCCUUGGUUCUCACUCCAUCACCUUGACCGUGCUGAGGCGGCCUGGGUGGUGGCGGCCGUGGUGGCCCAGCAGACACUGCCACUUGCUGUCCCCAGCCCUCUCCUUGCCCUCUGCCUGUGGAAGCACACCUGCUUUGCCUUGCUGCCUGUGCAAAUGUUGGACAAGGAGACAGACACACUAAUCCUCAGCUUAGCACAGAGCUGGAGAGCCAAUUUCUGGAAUUUUCCACCUGAGAAUCUCCAUUGCUGGAGUUUAUCUGUUCUGUCUCCAGCCUAAGUGAGGCAUCUUGACUGUUUCUUCUACUGCUUUUCAGGUCCUUUUCCCCUGGUGUUCUAUUUCCUUUGAGUGUAAAGUCUGACAAAUGACCUGCUAUCCAGAUAGCCAGAGGGUCAGGAAAGAAACUGGGGAGGUGGAGAGUCGGUCUGCUGAGGAAACAAGACAGGCUGAACCUUCAGAGGAGUGCCAUGUGGCACUGGUGUCCUCAACUGGGGGAAGUGGCUCUCAUAACAAGGAGUUGUAGUGGCUUUUCCAGUGGAGCCAGGCCUCUAGGAGGGCAACUAACAUGGCUGAAGCAGGUGUCCAGAAAUAGGCAGGCUCUAUCCAGAGGCUAGCCCUUCCUGGCACCCCAUGGACUUCGUGGUACCUUUGCCUUAGAUUUUACACAUUCUCCACAGCCAAGUACUGCCACGGGACAGCGCCCAUGGCCAUGUGUGCUCCAGGACCUGGGAGAGGCAGGCCCAGUCCAACAGCAGCUAGCCUUUGGUGCUGCCUUUCCACCCACAGCUUCUAGAUACAGCCUUCUGGGUGAACUCUGGGAAGCUCCAGAAGUUGGGGAAGGAUGAGUGAAGGCAUCUGCCUUUCUUGGGACUGGGUUUGGCUGGGGACCCUCGCUGUUGACACUCUAGGGGAUCAGCAGGUUCUCGUCCCAGCUUGAGACCCAUUGUUCAGUACUGGGAAGGAGUGGGAGGGAUCCCCAGAGUGCAGUAUCUUCCCGUCUGAGAGUAGCUGCCAGCCUAUGGCUGUCAGCUGAGGGGAGCAGAUGCUCCCAGGCUGCGGGGGCUCAAGCUGUAGUACUCAGCUCCCUGGCUCUCCUGCGUGGCAGACAGUAGAUUCUAGGCCCUCAGGACUGUAGAGAACAGCUCCCAUAGCUUGAGCUCAGGGCUAAGUUUUAAAGAAGGGUUUGCUGGCCCUAACGCUGUAGCAUUUGCUCAGUGAGAGGCAGGGCCCUUUCUGAUCUUGUUUACACCUGUUGCCCAAUCUUGGGCUGAACGGUACAUAUUCUGUGCACAUCAGAGGAAAAGAGAUGCCUAAGAGGAGGGAAAUACUGACCACCUAGCUGCCUGUUACCAGCUUAGCCAGCAGCUCUGCUCCCUAGCACAGGAGGUGGAGAAAGAAUGCUCCUUGAGUCUCAAGAUCCCAGCAUCUGACCAUCCCUGGAGUCUCUGCUCAGCACUCAGGAGGUGGUGUGUGGCAUGAAAGAGACUUGCUUCCAAAGCCAUUGAUGGUAAUGCACUGGAGGCCCAGCCAGAGCGAGUUACAGCCCAAAAUGGGUACCUCCCAUCUCCCCAGAACAAGGAAUGUUUGCUUCUCAGCGUCAGGUAGACUGCAAGCUUGCUAGGCAACAUAACAGGAGGAAGGCUAGAAAAGCUGAGAAAUGCAAAAGGCUCAGAAUAUUUAUAAAUUCCACCCCCAGAGUGGGGAGGGGCAGGUACCAGAUCUGGACUAAGCUGCACCAAGGAAAUAGCCCAUGGGUUCUCCUAAGACGGGGGCUGGGCCGCCACAAGCCCCCAGCCGCUGCGCCCAGCAGGGCAGGCUGUGCCAACAGGAGCCUAGCAGACAGGCUACAGGGAUCCCCGUGUGCCUGUCCUAGCUGGCAGUGGUUGUGGGCUGCCGGUCUUUGCUGAUACAGGUAGGAUGGGACCCUUCAUUAAUAUUUGACUUUAAUAAGUUGGUAAGGAUAUAUAUAUAUAUAUAUAUUUUUUGUCUAUGUUCUGUUUCAACUUAUGUAGAUUAUUAUACAUUGAUGUAAACCACGUGAGGAAAAUGUUAAUAAAAAAAUGCAAAGCCCCAACAUUUGCACAGAA